UCUAUUAUAUCAUCCAAUGAAAUUUUGGCUCUCAUAACACUGUGUGGACCUACUUUUCAGCUGAGUAAACAACGUGGCAGGUAGGCCUAGCCAAAUGGCAGCAGACGCUGGUAACCAGAGUUUUUAUUGACAUCUUCUUUCCCACUAACUUGUCAGAAACGACGCAUUAUCUUCAGCAUCCAUUGUUGACGUUUUGGCGCUCCGACUUUUUACCGGGCUAAAAUGUCUGCACUUAUUCAAACCCUUCAGCAAUGUGUGUUCAAGAGUCCUGUCCCUGAGCCAGGGGUUAUAAAAGAUGAGGAGGAGGAUUCAAGUCAAGAAACUUUGAAGCCUGAAGAAUUCAAACAAAAUGCUUACACCCAGUGUGAUAAAAAGACAGAUGAGGUUGCAGAUGAAGGACCAACAGGCGGUCUCCUGUGGCGGAUGUCCUCCGGUCUGUACAACACAGCCACUGGGGCUGUGGGGUAUGGGGUAGGGAGUGUGCGCUGGGUGGCAGGGAAAACUUACGAUGUAGGAUCAUCAGUCGUCAGUCAUGUCAAAGUGCCUUCUGUAUCAACACUCAAGCGCAAGGAUAAGAAAGAGUGAGAUGGAGUCAGAAUGAGCAGGAGAUUUACAGAUCAGAGUACUUAAUAUGUGUGUUAUUCAUUGUUUUUGUUGAACUAGUCAUUGUUAUAAAACUGUUUGACGUUACCAAGUGCCAUUUACAAACCAAUAAUAAUCUUUAGUUUAUUUGUACUUGUAUGCUUUGAUUACAAUCCUUGUCUAAUUAUUAGUUGUUGGCCAGUACAGUGGAAUGUGUCCAGAUAGUGUUGAUCUGUUAUAUAAUGUUGAGGUAUUUAAAGGGUACCAGUUUAUAUAAUGUUCUGGAGUAACAAGUAUUCAGUCUACUUCUGGUGGUUGUCAGGUUUCUCUUAUCUUUAUUUUUGUGCAAUAAUCAGAUCGUUGUACUUGUUGUAUAUGUAAACUUGUGACUUUUCAGGGGGCCAAAUACAUCAUACUGUACUAUUGCAACAGCUGUCAAAGCGCAGUGAACGGUGGCAUUUUAGAUGCAGCAGGCAAAUUUUUAAAUUAAUCUCUAAAUGAGAAUCUAUUAAUUGGUGAUGAUAUUCCUCACCAUCAUAUGAUUAUUAGGACUGCAAUAUGAACAGCUGUCAGAGAAUGCAAACCUUUGCCAAAAGAAUCAUCUAGGUUUGCCCAUAAAGCUUUCAAAAGGGUCCAUUUUAACUUUAGAUAAAGAUUCUUCUAUGACUACUAUAGUAUUUUUGUAUAUUAGAAAUAUCAGAAAUAGUAUUAAAAAUAGCAUAGAAGUCAGUAUUUAAUACAGCUAAAAAUAGUCCGUAUUUAAUACAGCUAAAAAUAGUUUGUAUUUAAUACAGCUUUUACAGUAUCUUGCUUUGUUUGAUAAAUGUUAGCUUAAAGACAAGUUUCUUUCCCUGACAGAAUAGUUUAGUCUAUUGUCAAAUUACUGUAUAAUUUACUGAUUUUUUCCCUGACAGAAUAGUCUAGUCUAUUGUCAAAUUACUGUAUAAUUUACUGAUUUUUUCCCUGACAGAAUAGUCUAGUAUAUUGUCAAAUUACUGUAUAAUUUUCAGAUUCUUUCCCUGACAGAAUAGUCUAGUCUAUUGUCAAAUUACUGUAUAAUUUACUGGUGAUGAACUGCUGAUGUCAUUAAUUUGUUGGUGCAUAAAGUUAUACAUGUAUAUGUUAAAAAUGUAUAAUUAUAUACAUGUAUAUGUAUAUAUGGAAUUAAUGCCCUCGCCAUGAAGUGGCUGGGGCUUAGAGUGUUGCCCUUCUUCGUCCUUCUGUCAUAAUUUAAGUUUACAUUCAUUAUCUUCACUACAGAGGCACAUUUUCAACUCUUCCACUGACACUGGAAGUGUAGAUGCAUCCUCUGGACCGUGUCGAUACAUCAUGAUGACAUCCAGAUCAUGGUGUUCCUUGGUUCUGGUUGAAUAAUUUUUGACAGGCCCAGGAAUUAUAAAACUUCAAACAAUUCAUAGACCCCACUCUUUAUCUCAGUCAUUUAUGGGCAUUUUGAAUUGAAAUUUGGAAUGUAAAUACAUCAAUUAAGAAUGCGCAAGUCAAAAUAGUAUAUGGUUCGGGUUCAAUAAUGUUUAGCAGAGUUAUGCCUCUUGGACUUGGAAAAUUAUUAUUGUAGUAAUUAAGGCUAUACGGACUGUGGAUAUUGGCCUGGGUAGCUCAGUGGUUAGAGCACCUGACUAGUAAUGCAGGGGUCCCGGGUUCGAUUCCCUGUCCAGCCCCAGAUGUUCUCCUCUCUCCUAUAUACUACAUUUGGUGCCGUUGACCACCCCUGGAUUUGCAGGUGAAACUCCUGCCAGGGGCCAAAAAAAUCUGGGUUGUACGUGUCUUCGAGAGCAAAGACAAAUUAAGGAGGGAGGAAUGUAGUAAUUAGGGCUAUACGAACCAUGGAUAUUGGCCUGGGUAGCACAGUGGUUAGAGCACCUGACUAGUAAUGCAGGGGUCCCGGGUUGGAUUCCCAGCCACAUAUUUUUCUUCUCUCUCUUUAUAGCUUUAAACAAAUUUGUUCACAGCUUCCACUCAUUAUCUUACUCAUACAUGGACAUUUGGAAUUGAAAUUUGGGUGAUAGAUAUGCAGCUCAAGACCUUAUUUGGGUCAGUUGGAUAAUUUUUGACAGAGUUAUGGCCCUUAGUCGGGUGCAUCCAUUUCACUCCAAACCAUCUAGCUGUUGUUUAAUUUCCAAGUGUGGUGGAGUGGGACAUAGAUAGCUGAGGUUAUCUCCAGUAAUACAUGUACUAAGUGCUUAUAGAUCUUCUAUCAAUGAGAUUAUUCUUGUAUACCUUGUAAAAUCAAUGCAGAUUAAAUCCAUGUCUCAGAUGGCUUUGCCAAACUUUUGCCAUUUAUUUUCUUGUUACCAUGUCAUAUCAUGUGAGGAGGUUCUAAAUGUGUGUGAAUGCAAAAUAUAUCACAUUCAAUGCAGUAUUUUUUUGAAAAAGACAAUCAGUAUUGUAUUACAGUCUCUGCUUAAUUUGGCAUUAUUUUAUGUCAUGUUUAUUUAUUUAUUUGACAGCAGGUGAAAAUAUGAAUUUGACAUGUACUGUGCCAUUUCAAACAUUGGAAAAGUCUUCCAGAAGAAUUUUUACUAUAUUGGGUAACCCCUUUGUUGGGUUGUGUUGUAAAACUAUGUGGAACGUUAUUCUAUAUAUGCGGAGAAAUGCUAUACAAGUAUUAAUAUGUACACAACUUGUCCAUAAAUUUAAUUAGAAUUAGAUUUUAGAUCCGCCAAUUGUGUGAUUGGAUCAAAGCACUUAAUUUCAUUUUGUUUGUCCAUAUGAUAUAAAUGAUAUAUUGCUUUAGACCAAGGGUGACAAAUCAGAGAUCUUAGUUACCAUGAAAUGUUAUUGAAAUCCUGUGUAUUCCCUAAAACUGGGAUGUAACAGCUACACUCUCUUCCGCUUUUGAAUUUGCAGAGCUUGUUAUACAUUUAUUAAAGAAAUUGAUAACCAUG